UUCCCGAGUUUCGGUGUUGCAUCCUCAGUCCCCCUUUGUCUCUCUUUCAGUCAACUAACAUUCCCCAGCGUGUCACCGGAGCCGAGGUUCCUACUCCUUACGCCGCAGGUCUUGAGGCCCUUUCAUUCCCCGACGAGCACGUAAUCGAGAAGAAGAUCGUCCAACUUCUCCGUUUGUAAGUGGGGUAGGAAAAAAGGAAAUCAUGUAAUUCUCGAACAGGAGGUUUUCCGCACAAAAGAAAACGUAAUGUCUUUUUCAGUGCUAUGCUGUUCCGAAUGAUUUCUUUUCUGCCUGUAGUAUGUGGUUGUGGUGUGGUGUGGUGUGGUAUGUGCGGUGUUGAUCUGGUUGAGGAUAUCUACUGUUGCUGUAACUGGUGUUUUUGUUUGUUUUGUUUGGGCUUCCCAUGGGUGAUUUUCAUUUUCGUUCCUGGUUUCUGUCUUUAUUUUUGGCGGUCGAUCGAUCGGUUGUGCUGGGAUGUGUUUUUGUAGAGUAACCCACAAUUAUAGAGGCGGGAGGAGGAAGAAGAAGGACGGUCCUGUUCUGUUCUGUUCUGUUGUGAAAGGUGUUGUUUUUGUUGUGGAAGAGGAAAAAAGAAAACACAUGCCGGCAAGAAACAAAGCGGAGAAAAGUUCAAAUUUAUUCAUGUCACUGGCAGGCCGACUGGAUUUCUCGGCCCUCGGUCGGAAGGUAACUACGCUCCAAAACCAACAUGGG